AUGGUGUACGUUUUCACUUCAUAUCUCGAAAUUAUUUCGAACAACUGCACGCUGUCUUCAGCAAUAUCUUAUGACGUGGACAAGGUUUAUGUCGUGUUGGCGGUUUCCACGGCAACAUUGUCUUUUUUCCUAAAUCUCACACAGUUCAUCAUCAUCAUCCAUCAGAGAUUACUUAAAAGGAACAAGAACAUCAUCAUUAUUAAUCUGUGUGUUUGUGGUCAACUGUCUUCUUUAACCGUCAUCUGGUACAUCUACAAAGUGAUCGUCUUCUGGCAGGAAGAGCGAAUUGUUGACAAUUAUCUUCUCUGCUUCUUGCUACCUUCUGGUUUGCAUUUGUUGACCCUCUUCACCUUCACUCCGCUCAUAACCUUGUUGAUUUUGCAGCACCAUCUGGUGGCACGUCCAAAAACCAAUCGAAGAUUUAGUAACAGCCACAUGGUUGUUGCAUUGUUAGUGAUACUAGCAUGGUGUCAAGCAGUCAUUAUAUCUCUCAUUCCGUUGACAGGAUGGAACAAUUGGUACAACGUCUGUUCUCUUCCUAUGGCAUGGUCACCUUCUUUCUCCGUCCUUAUAUGCAUCAUAUAUUUCCUACACUAUCCAAUGGUCAUCAUCCUGCUUACAGAUCUCUGUCUGUGGUCUUCCAAGAGAAGAAACUCAAUCAGCCCUGAACCGCUUUGUGAAAAGGCAGUGGGCGAUAACUUCUGUAGUGCUGUCCAUGUUGAACCCAAACCAUUGAGUAAUAAAAAUGUUACUCUGUUAUUUUUGCUGUACAUGGCUGGCACAUUACCAUUUAUGUUUUACACUGCAAAAGUGGCCUUGGACCAAAAUGUUGACCUAUGUGAAUCUCUGAUCGCGAAUGAGAAAGCUGCCAUGUGGACAUCAUGGAUAACGGUGGUCUUUGCUGCUGUGAGACCACUUUUUCAUAUUUUUGUUGAAGAUGACUUGGGGGAUGGUACAGCAACAUUCAUAUCGGUAGUUUGUAGACUGAAACAUAAUUACAUUUGA